AUGAACUUAGAAAAACAAUUCGAAAACCAAGAAAAAGCGAUUGGAACAAUCAUCGAAAAAACAGAAAAAUUAAAGAAAUUUAAAGAUGAGAUUUAUAGAAUAACGAUGAAUAGCAUUAUUUCAGAAGUUUUUUAUAAGCGAAUUAGCAAGGUUGAUAGUAACGAUAUAAUUACUUACUAUCAAAAAGAUAUUUCUAGGAAUGGAGAUUUUGUAGUUGAAUUUGAAUUAACUGAGGCUGAUGUUGUUGCUAAGAGGGAUGACGGCAGAUGA